CUGCCCGUGAGCAAACUCCCAACUCAUCUCUGUCCUAAAUUACCGUAACAUCUUGGUUAUAUUUCUCGAACUGAAAUUCUCGAAAAUUCAAAAACACUUGUUACCAAAGUUACAUCGUAGCAACUUUUCCUCUAAUACUUUCGGUACAUGCGCAGAAGUAGCAUUGGGUGCAGUUAGCAUGAAGGUAGUAUAUACGUACUAGCAGAUAGUGGGGUUUGUGAUGUUACGAUAUAUAAACUGUAUGAAAUGAGUUUUGUAGACACAUUGAUUUUUCUUCAUUCACAUAAGAUCGUGCUGAAGUUAAUACUACUGUGUAAUGAAGAAUAUUAAUUUCUGUUUUACAUGUGAACCUAUAGUUUCUGUCACGUUGAUACAAAAGUAACCUAACUUAUUUUAAAAAGUGACAUUGUGCUUUAACUCAUCAAUGUCAAUCAUGGCUAACAACAACACAGACGGAAAACAGUAUGGCUUGAUAUUACCAAAGAAAACGCAACUUUCAGUUCCAAAAGCUGGCAAUGUUUUUGGUAACAAUAGUGACUCAGAUGGAGAAGAAGGUACAGAUUGGGUGAGAAAGGCACUUAAGGCAGAAAAUAAGAGAAAUACAGUUAAAAAGCAAGUACAACUUUCCAUGGAAAAAGCCUUGAAAGAGAAUCCAACAAUUUACCAAUACGAUGAGGUAUAUGAUGAAAUGGAACGUACUAAGGUGGAAGGAAAAGCUACCACGGUAGAAAAAAAGAAACCAAAAUAUAUUGAAAAUCUUUUGAAAGCUGCUGAGCGUAGGAAGAGAGAACAAGAACACAGAAUUGAGAGAAUGGUACAUAAAGAACGUGAGGCAGAAGGAGCUAUGUAUGCAGAUAAGGAAAGUUUUGUUACCUCAGCGUACAGAGCAAAGUUAGAAGAAUUCAAAAAAAUGGAAGAAGAGGAAUCACGUAUGGAUCGAUUAGAAGCCAUUGGAGAUGUUACUAAACAGCAAGAUAUAUCAGGAUUUUAUAGGCACUUAUAUCAUCAGACUAUAGAAACUGACAAAACCGAUGUUACGAAGGAAAAAGAGAUUACAAAAGAAGUAAACACUAGUGAACCAGAAGAUACAAAGAGUACAGAGAACAAACAAAUAAGAUCACAUUCCCCUACAAAUGAACUUAUUAAUGAAAACAAAAUAGAAACUACACCUGAAGCCAAUAAGAAAUUAAAGGCUAAGAAAACUAGGCACUAUAGAAAGCGAGUACACGAAGAAAAUGAAUCAGACAGUGACCACAAUGAAAAUACAGAUGUAAAUAAUGCAAUGCCUGAUAAAAAAGAUGAUAUAAAUCACAGCCCAUCAAAAUACCAAACAGAUGAUUCUUUAAAUAAAAAGACAAAAUUAUCUUCAACAAAUGAUGCAGCGGUGAUAUUUGAAGACAACCAAGAAGCACCAGAUAAUAACAAAAUUACAGUUGAUUCCAACUGCCUUAAAAAUCUAGAAAUAAAUAUCGAUGAAGAAAAGGAAAAUAAUGAAAAAACUCCAAAUUCAACUAAUAAAGAAGAACAAAAGGUCAAAGUCUCUAUCUGGGAAAAACGAACUGUCGGACCUAUCUUUGAGGCUGCACUUGAAAGAUACCAUAUACGAAAAACGUUAAAAUUGGGUCAAACAUUAUUAUUAUUAAAUCAACGAGGCAGCCAUUAAGAUGUAAACCAUUCAAACUCCAGAUCUGUUGUGCAACAACCUUAAACAGCAAGUUCUCAGAUGACUUACAUCCAAGCUCUGCCACAACUGUAGGAUUCUAAUUAUUGGUGCGUCUUUAACCAUAGAGAUGGUUAAGGUGGUAAUGUCGAAGUCCUAUUUGACCCAUGAAAUCAUUGAUAAUUUGUAGAGAAAUUUUUUCGUUCGUGUCAUAUUUUUAGAGGGCAUAGGAGACUAAUCUUAGAGGAAUUACAACUGUAGAUAUUGACGUCAAAAAGUUUACUUGUAAAUCCGUCCUGAUGGAAUCAUCUGUACAUGUUUCUUUUGAUGUUGGAAUUGGCUAUGAUCAUCAUCUCAGGGCAAUAUCAUUUUCCUCGGUCAAUUUGGAAAGUGCAUCCCUAUACUACUCAACUUCAAUGGCAUCUUUAAAGAGGUCAAUGCCGUCAGGGGGGCUCUGCUGUCAGAGCAUGUCACUACUAAUCUGCUGACUUCCUCAACUUAGGAAAAUAUUAUCCAGUUCUGCUGACUGGUUAAGGCUGAGUAACUAAAUCACUCUUUUAACUUUAUUUUGGCCUACAAUUCAUCAGCCAAAACCCAUUGGUUGCAAGAACUGACUCUCUUUUAUAUAAGCCAGGUGUAAUUUUCCCCUCAAAUUCAAUUUGUGCUUUCAAUUCUUUUUUUUAGUCCUGUCCUGAGAUGUGUUUGUCAUUUUUCUGUACAUUUAUUGUAUCUUUGACCUCUAUUCUGUAAAUUCAAAAUUUGUUAAUAAAUACGUUCCUUAAUUAGAA